CGCAGGCCGCGGCCCCCGCGGUGCCCGCGGCGGAGCCGCGCGCGGCGCCGGUGGUGCUGUCGGUGGAGGAGGAGCUGGUCGGGAAGGUCAUCGGCCGGGGCGGGGAGGUCGUGAAGGAGCUGCAAAAGAACAGCGGGGCGCGCAUCGACAUCUCGAAGACGGGAGACAGCCCAGGCGGCAAGCGCAGCGUCUUCAUCAGCGGCGCACAGGCCUGCGUUGAUAAAGCCAAGCAGCUCAUCGAGGAUAUCCUGAAGCAGGCGCGCGAGAUCUCUGGGUCGGGCACUUCCUCGAACGCCUGCGUAAUGAAGGUCUCGCAGGAGCUGGUUGGCAUCCUCAUCGGGAAGAACGGCGAGACGAUCAAGGAUCUCAAGAAGGAGAGCGGGGCGCGCAUCGACAUCUCAAAGGAUGCCUGCGCCGAGGACCCUGACGCGAGGGUGAUACACAUCACCGGCCCCCCAGAGUGCAUCGAAUUCGCCAAGAAGAUGGUCGAGGAGAUGAUCGGCAAGGAGGCCAAGAAGCUGGGGCUGCCAGCGCUGACCGCGGGGGCCGACGCGGACAAGGGCAAGGCGGACGGGGACGGUGACAAGACCGAGUCGCGCCCGGCCGUGCCGCAGCAGUCGAGCAUCACGAUCAUGAACGACCUGGUCGGGAUGCUGAUCGGCAAGGGGGGCGACACGAUCAACUCUAUCUCGAAGGACUGUGGCGUCCGCAUCGAGAUCUCCAAGGACGAUACCCCCGAUAAGCCGGACAAGCGCACGGUGUACCUCUCUGGGAUGCCGGACAACAUCGAGAGGGCCAAGCGGAUGAUCAAGGACACGCUCAGCCGCUCGCGGGAGAACAUGGGGAGCCGGGGCCGCCCGGCCUCGUGGUCUCGCUCGCGGUCUCGCAGCGACCCCAGGAGAGCCCGCUCAAGGUCGGGAGAUCGUGACCGUAGCCGUGGCCGGAACGACAGCCCGGGCCGGAAGGUUCUCCGAGUGGGCCAGGAGUUUGUGGGCAUGCUCAUCGGGAAGGGCGGGGAGACAAUCAAGAACAUCUCCCGGGACAGUGGCGCGCGGAUCGAGGUCUCGAAGGACGACAAGGACACCGACAGGUCCGUGACGCUGAGCGGCAGUGAGGAGAGCAUAAAGAAGGCCUCUGACAUGAUCGAUGAGGUCAUCGGCCGCGCCCGCGAGCGGCACGAGAGCCGGGCGGACAAGCACGCCGGCCGCAGGGCCCGCAGCCGGAGCCGGGACGAUGCGCCCGCGGAGCGGCGCUCUCCCGUGCGGGACGGGCUCGUGAGCGAGAAGGUCUACAUCGACGAGGUCGACAUGCCCUUCCGCCCGAACUUCCUUCCCGAGCACGAGGACGGGCUGCCGGGGGACUGCGAGGUCUUCGUGCGCAACCUUCCGAAGGCCUGCGCGGAGCGGGACCUGUGGGAGCACCUCUACCGACUGGGCGCCACGGACGUCAAGGAGAUCCUCCUGCUCCGCCGGCAGAAGGUCUCCAAGGGCAUGGCGUACGUGGUCUUCAACCGCCACGACCACGCCAUGCUCGCCAAGCACAAGCUCCACGGCGCACCCGCGGCCUCGGUUCCGUGCGGCGGGCAGCUGAUGGCGGACGAGCGAGGCGUGAUGCUGGCCCGCUUCUCCGAGUCGGAGAGGUGCAUCAACGGGCGGCAGUGCGUGUACGGCACGGACAUGGUGGGGCUCCUGCUGGGCACCCGGGGCAAGUGCAUGGAGGAGGUCAAGGACGCGUCGGGGCUCCGCAAGGUGCAGCUGACGGGGAGGAGCAUGCGGUCAUAUGGCCAGGUGGACGACGACCCCAGGCUCCACAUGGUGGUCUGGUACGAGAGGAGCGAGCAGGAGAGAGUCGCCAAGGCCGUCGAGGUGUGGGCCGAGCAGCUCUCGCUGCUCCACAAGGAGAUCGUGGAGAAGGCGGGCAAGGGCAAGGGCAUGGGCAAGG